AUGGAUUUAGAGGUGAGAGGAAGGAAUCAGAGGAACAGGAGAAGAAAGACGAAGCCAAGUCUAGUUCAGGCCGAAGCCAUCCGUUCUGUCCAAGCCCCCCCCCCCCCCCCACCCGCCCCCCCAUUUGUACCAUAUGACUCUGGUGCCGCUGAAGGCCAGCAGUGGCGGCCCAGUUUCCAGCCCAAGCUGAGAGUAGAAGGGUCUCUUACAGGAAGUGUCGCUGACAGUUCAGGAUGCAGGUGGACGCAGGCUUCCACAGGCCCACUUAGCCGCGCCGUGAAAAAAAUCGAUUGGUGGCGUCGUGGACUACCUGCUGCGGGCCUUGUAGACAAUUUCCACGCAGCCUUCUUGGCCCGCUGGCCUGCACCGCUAUCUCUCUACGAAACACAUUCGUCUUCGCUGUCUAUCCCCACGCGUUCAUCUCCACCUGCGCUGCCGCUCGUCGUCUCCGCGUUCCCUCCGUGGACUGCACCUCCCCAUCGUCAGAAAACGGCGGGGAUGGAGGAGGAGAAUAUGUCGAACAGAGAGGGGGAAAAGAAUCCGGCCGGCUCUCAGGCUGAGACUUUGCUUGGUUACCUGCUCGUAACAGCAGAAGUGGUGAAUUUUACUCUUAUUCGGGAUAAUGACAGGCUUAUGGAUAAGAUACUCCAUAGCAGGAGUAGAAGAAUUUUGAAACAGGACAGGGUGUGGCUAUCUACUUUGUCAUCAUGAUGAUCUCUCUCAGUGAACCAAGAGCUGACUGACAAGAUGGUUGACAUUCAGCAAGAACUGGCCGAGACGGAGGCCUGGGCGGAGGAAAAGAGUGGGAGCUCACCACAGAAGAGCUUUGGAGCUCCGGCGUUGUCGUCGAUGAGGAAGAGGCCGCCAAGGGCCGGUGCUAGCCUCCAUCGCCUUGCUUGAGACCUCCUUCGGCGUCAGCGCGCAGGAGCUUCGGCAGGAGGCCGGCGGCGAGAGGCGCGAGAGAUUGUCCAACGGCUAGAGGCGUGGGAGGGAAGCACGAGGCCGGCGACGCAAUGCUUGAGACCUCCCUCGCCCUGAACAGGGUGAGCUCGCCUAGCGGAGGAGCUCACCGAACAGGAUCUUCCGCGGGAUGCCAGAGGCACGGGCGAGCGAGCGCACGAGUAAGUUCGACGUCCGGACGGAGGGAGUAGUAUGAAUGGAAACCAUGGAAGGAGCGAAAACCCAGACUCUGGGCUCAGUUUCUGCUCCGUAACGUUGGAAACAACUAGAAAAUCAAUCGCGUGGACGCAGGAAUCUGCUAUUCCUGCUUAGAGCAUCUCCAGCAGCGUCCCCCAAACCGCGCCGGAUUGAGCGUUUGGGGGACGUGUUUCGU